CAGGGUCUGGGAUUCCUUAGGCAGUCUGGAUGAGAGAGAGAAAAGGCUGCUGAUCAGUGAGAUGAACUACUGGACUAAGGAGAGGAGGAGGAAUGGCAGUGCAGGUGCCGCCAAAAAUCCACUCGCAGAACCUCAUCAUCAUGCUGGUCGCCUAAGAGGUCCCAGACCUCAUUGCAGAGCUUGCCUGCAACUAGAGAGGCUCCCCUCAUGGAGGAGCCUCUGAAGGCUCUUUUUGGGGUAACGGAAGAGAGCCUCCUGAUAUCCCUGGUUGAGGGUCACUCCAACCCCAGCUCCUCCGAGUUGAGCUGUGCUAUCGUGGGAGAGGUAGUACACCAGCUUAACUCUGGCCUCUCAGUGGCCAUUCAGGCCAGCUCGGGGAGUUUCCCCCCUAUGGACAGGCAGGACAUAGCAGCAGGCAAGGAGGUCAUUCGGGUAGCCUCGGUGCAGAUCCUGGCCGAGCUACAGAGCAAAACGUCUGAGCCAGAGUGGGUAGGGUUUAUCGAGCCCCUCAUGGACCCUGUGACCGAUGAUGUGCUGGAUGCCAUUGUCGGCACAAUGGACAAAAUGGCACAGGACUUCAGCAUCCUCUUGGAUCUGGCCAAGAAGAUGACAAUCUUGGGGUCUAAAUUUCUGACCAAUCUUCAAUGUGACCUUGAUGUUGAGUGUCCAUCUGGGAAAGAAGGAACCACUCACUUUCUCAAAGAGACUGGAUCCUCUACCAGUGUGGUGGCCAGAAAGCUUCAGACCCUCUCUAACCCCGACUUUCAGUCUAAAGCCCUCAAGGCGGUGAGCACCAUCCUUACAAGGAAAGUCAGUAGCUCUUCUGGCAUGGCUCCUUCCUCUAGGCCUUCUAGUGCUGCUCCUAGCCUUACUGAAGCACCCCUGAAUAUCAGCUCUACAGCCCUGACAUCUGUAACCUCCACUGCCACAGUGAUUGUUAAGGCAUUUGUGGGAGGCAUGGAGACGAUAGCAUCAUUUGAAGGCACAUGUGAAGCAGUUGAUUGGCCAGUUCCUGUAAAUGAUCACAAAACAGGGUCUUCACAGAAGAUAACCUUCUCUCCAGCCCGCACACUCUACGGCCUUAUACGAGCAAAGCUGAGGGACCUUUUAACUCCAUCCGCUCGAGAAGAAGGUGUGGCUAAGGAUGCUUCUCUUCAGGAGUCUUCAGACACCCUGGAAAAGGCAACUGUUUCAACUGUUGAGGUCCAGUUACCCAGCACCAAACUUAGUAGAGUUCCCAGUGAGAGCCAACCAAUACCAGCUCUGUGUCUCUCCAAUCUGGAUACCAGUACUCAAGAAGUUCUUAGCAGUGUUUUUUCCAUCUACAAGUSAGAGUUAUCAAAAGUGGAGAGUAAAUCCUUGGCCGUUGUCAGUUCAUCUGAUGAGUCCCUAGAGGCUUGUUGGUUUGUUGAUGGUGUCCUAUCAAAGCUGGAUGACUAUACUAUUUCCCAGUCACCCUCACCCAAUGAAGACUUGAGUGUGAGUACUCAAUAUUCUCAACUGAGCUCAGAAGAGAGUGUCAGAAUCACACAGUCCUCUACUAGUCUGAUUCAGAGCAUUAAGAAGCUCUCUAGCAAUGACUUUCAGACUCAGGCAGAAGAGGCAGUGAGUAAAGUGCUGAUGAGAUCCAGUCAUUCCUUUAUCACACAGAUCAGCCAUACUGGUCUUCAGAAAAGUCYGCAGGCUGGCUUAUCAUCUAGCUCGCCAUCAGAGAUUGCCUCCAUGUCCUCUCAAAAUACAGCCUCUGGAUUAGUGGAAACCUUUGUCAAAGGAAUAGCGACUAUUUUCCAGAAAAAUGAGUCCACUGGCACUGUGCAACUGGAAAGAAGUGGGAAAGUUUCGCAGUGCUCCCACGGGGGCUCCCAACUGGAUGAUACUGAAUUGAGUGUUAAAAUAUCAGAGGAGAAGCUUUGGUCAACAGCUAAGACCAUCUGCGUCAGUAUGAAGAACACACUUAAGGAUUUCUUCACAGGGCUGAAGCCAUCCGGAUCCGAAAGGACAGAAAAUGCUUCUUCCAAAGAGACCCUUGGGGAAAUCCUGGUUGCUAUCCAGAGUGAAAUCUCAAACUUAGGGCGAAUGAAGGAUUCCAGGGAGCUCCUUCAGAUCAACGAUAUGGUAGGAACUAUGCUGAAGGAGGUUGAGAAAAGUGAGGAUGACAGUGAAGAAAUCUGCCAAGACAUCCCUAGAACCUGUUCAUCUUYAUCCACUUCUUUAAAGGGUCGUAGUUCCUUGUCCAGCUCUUCAAAGGGUCCUAGGUCAGAGUGUGAGUUAGAGAUCAACCUCCCUGGCACUCCCAUCCCUGACGAAGUGCCUUUUGAUCUGACCUGCCCCAUAGUCAGGAGCUCCUGCAUCGACUUCAGGGACUCUAAAAUGCCAGAGAUUUCUACAAGUGACCUAAAGACAAAGAUGAUGGCACACACAGRUGAACCCCUGCAUCGUAACAGUCCAAUGACUGACAGCAGCCGACCACCGAGUGCUAAAGCCUCUUUUCGAUCCCCCACUCCGUCUUUCACCAGCAAGGGAACCUCUUUGGUACCAAAGGGAGAUGGGAUUGACAUUGAAGAGAAGGAGAUGUGCAUCCCCAGCAGCUCUGGCCAUCUGAGGGAGCUCUUAAUCACCCCGGACAUCAGCAGUGCCACUGCAUUCCUACUGCAGUACUUGAUGGACUCCAGCAAAGAUGAUGUCAUGUGUUUGGUCACCAUACUGGUGAUACGGUUGCUAUCGAAGAUCAGACCCUCAGCCCUAGAUGGACCCUCCCAACAGGCAGCAGACAUGACAGAAACAUCUCAGCAACUCAUCAGACAAGUCCUGUCUGAGUUCUGUGCUGCAUCCAGAUUCUCCAGGACACAGACAUAUUCCCAGAACCUGCACAUCCACAGAGUGUUCAGAGGUGUACAUAAAAACCUCAUGGAGGAGUUUGGCUCUUAUAACACCCUGCAAGCAGCUAUUUCCUCCCAGGACCCUGCAUUUGACAGAGUCCUGGUAAAGUCCUUGACCCAGCAGCUGGUACAGGGAUGCAAGGAGGCGUCAAGACCAGCUUCUGCUGCAACAAACCCAUCAGACCAGGCUGAGACAGAGAGGGGGGCUGAGCAGAAAGCAAGAAGGAGCUUCCUUUGCUUUUCAAUGACCAAACUCAGGAUCAACUUCAAGCGUUCCAAGAGAGGAAACAAAAAGGACUGCCAUUCAGUCCAGGAACAGACUGAGAUUCCCUCUACUGAUGGACAUUGCAUAGCUCCAGUUGGAGAGGUUUCACCCUCCAUAUCUCAGCCUAUCAAAAAACGAACCUUGAUUGUCAGGGUCUUUUCAGCAAUGAUGAAGCCAUUCAGGCGCUUCACCAAGAAGAACCUGUAACCUGUUACGCUGCAUGAAGAACUACUUUUGUAACAGCAAGACUUUUGACAAGAGGAAUUUCUACAUGUUUACCCUUUCAAAGUCUAUUUGAUCAAAUAAAUGCAAAUUAUUUUACAAGA